AUGGCGCCUACUGGAGGAGGAAAUAUAAAGGUGGUGGUUAGGGUCAGACCAUUCAACAGCAGAGAGCUCAACCGCAAUGCAAAAUGCAUCGUCUCCAUGCGAGACGCCCAAACUGUUCUUCAGCCACCUCCCGAUGCCGAAGAACGGCUACGAAAGGGUGGGAAGGGGGGACUGGACGGCCAGAAGACGUUUGCUUUCGAUAAAUCGUAUUGGUCUUUCAACAAGAACGAUAAGCAUUUUGCUGGACAGGACAAUCUUUUCGCUGACCUAGGAAAUCCGUUGCUCGACAAUGCUUUUCAGGGCUACAACAACUGUAUUUUUGCAUAUGGCCAAACGGGUUCCGGCAAGUCAUAUUCCAUGAUGGGGUAUGGCGAAGAACCAGGGGUUAUACCUAGAAUAUGCCGGGACAUGUUCGACAGAAUAUCCAGCCUACAAAAGGACCCCAGCCUGAGUUGCACUGUCGAAGUCUCAUAUCUUGAGAUCUAUAACGAACGGGUACGAGAUCUUUUGAAUCCCUCUACAAAGGGUAACUUGAGAGUUCGAGAACAUCCGUCAACUGGGCCUUAUGUUGAAGACCUAGCAAAACUCGUUGUUCAAUCAUUUUCGGAAAUUGAAAACAUGAUGGACGAAGGCAACAAAGCCAGAACGGUAGCCGCCACAAAUAUGAACGAAACCUCAAGUCGUUCGCAUGCAGUCUUUACCCUGACGCUGACUCAAAAGAGACAUGAUGCGGAGACAGGACUGGACACUGAGAAGGUUGCUAAGAUCAGCCUGGUUGACCUAGCUGGUUCGGAGAGGCAGUCAGCAACUGGAGCAAGUGGUGCCCGUUUGAGGGAAGGAGCGGAAAUCAAUCGAUCAUUGUCUACACUCGGCCGCGUUAUUGCUACAUUAGCCGACCUCUCCUCUGGCAAGAAGAAGAAUAUGUCCAUGGUUCCCUAUCGAGAUUCUGUUUUGACCUGGCUGCUAAAAGAUUCGCUCGGAGGAAACAGCAUGACAGCUAUGAUAGCGGCAAUAUCACCUGCUGACAUAAAUUUCGAGGAGACGCUAAGUACUCUGCGCUAUGCGGACUCUGCAAAGAGGAUCAAGAACCACGCUGUCGUCAAUGAAGACCCCAAUGCUCGUAUGAUUAGAGAGCUGAAGGAGGAGCUGGCACAGCUGAGGAGCAAACUUGGUGGAGCUUCUGGCACUGCCGGAACAAGCGAUGAGGUUUAUGCACCGGACACUCCACUACAUCAGCAAAUGGUGUCCAUUACUCAGGCUGAUGGUUCGAUCAAAAAGGUCAGCAAAGUCGAGAUUGUUGAGCAGCUCAACCAGAGCGAGAAAUUAUACAAGGAUCUCAACCAAACCUGGGAAGAGAAGUUGCAGAAGACUGAACAGAUUCAAAAAGAAAGAGAAGCCGCACUGGAAGAACUCGGAAUCAGCAUCGAGAAAGGAUUUGUGGGGCUCACCACUCCUAAGAAGAUGCCACAUCUGGUUAACCUGAGCGACGAUCCACUACUUGCUGAAUGCCUUAUCUAUAAUAUCAAGCCAGGGACAACAACUGUUGGAAACGUUGAUACGUCCACCACAUCUGAGAUGCGCCUGAAUGGUUCAAAGAUCCAGCACCAGCAUUGCACCUUUGAGAAUGCUGACAAUGUGGUAACCCUGAUUCCAAGCGAAGGUGCAGCGGUGAUGGUGAAUGGCCUUCGUAUUAAUGAGCCUAGGAGACUGCGUAGUGGAAAUCGCAUCAUCUUGGGCGACUUUCACAUCUUCCGCUUCAACAAUCCUCAGGAGGCCAGGGCCGAGCGAGCCGAACAGAGCCUUCUACGGCACUCCGUCACUGUCUCACAGGUGGGUUCUCCGGCAUUAUCGAGACCAAACCACGAGCGCAGUAUUAGCAGACCAGAUUCGGAGCAUGAAGUCGACUCCAGCAGAGCAGAAUCCCCUAUUCCAGUCUCUCGUACUCGAGACUCGGACUGGUCUUUGGCUAGGAGAGAGGCGGCCAGUGCGAUCCUGGGUCCAGACCAGAAGAUCACCCACCUUACCGAUGAUGAGCUGGACAGCCUGUUUGAUGAUGUGCUAAGAGCCCGGGAGAAACGACGAGGACGAGCUGAAAGUCGGUUCUUUGAAAAUGAAGAAGACUCAGAUUCUCUGAGCUCUUUCUUGGUUCGGGAUAAAUAUAUGUCAAACGGCACCUUUGAUAAUUUCUCUUUAGAUACUGCCAUCACAAUUCCUGGAACGCCACAAUUGCAGGAAAGUCCUGGAAGCGAGGAGCAAAGUGCAUUGAAGGCUGUCCGUGAUGAUAUGCAGAGGCAGCUUGACCGACAGAAAGAUGAUUACCAGGAGACAUUGCGUGCUACAGAGGCAUCUGAACGUACACAGCGAGAAGUGCAGGAAGAGAAGGGGGAACUGGAAGAGGCACUCCGUAUAGCCAAAGAAGAGUUCCAAGCGGAGCUACGAAGUCAGAAAGAAAGCUAUGAGAGCCGGAUAAAAGAGAUCACUCAAGCACCUGCAUCAGACGCAGCGAUUGGUACCCUCCGUGUCGGCAUUGAUGGCUUUGGUGAACUCAGUCCGGCUGAGAUAGGCAUUGCCCGAGCAGUAUCUGACCGGUGGCAGGAGCUCAAGUAUAUUCGUAUUACAGAAGCAGUCUUGCAAUCGGCUGCCUUGCUCAAGGAAGCACAAGUCCUCAGUCAUGUAAUGGAGAAGCAGACUGUUUUUCAAUUUGUGGUACUGAAUGCUGGGCAGCACAAAGCGUCUUCGUACGAUCUAGUUUUGCAUGACGUUUUGAGCGAAGAUGACCCUUGGCUGGAAGAAGUCAGAAAACCGUGUCUUGCAAUACGAGUCAUGGACUUCAAGAACUCUGUUAUACAUCUCUGGUCGCCUGAGAAGCUUCGGCAGCGCGUACAGAAAAUGCGACACAUACACCAAUAUGUUGACCGGCCGGAGUACCUUCAGCACUUCCGGCUGCAAAAUCCAUUUUCUGAAUCAUUCUCGCCACAGUUUUCGCUUCUGGGUGAUGGGAGUGUUCCCCUAACAGCUGUUUUUGAAAAGAGAGUGCAAGACUUCGCCAUUGAGGUCAUUUCGCCUUACACACAAAGUGCUUUGGGCAUCUUCAGGUUGUCUUUGGAGCCCUCUUCGGCACAAGGCCCAACAUCAAGCAUCAAAUUCAAUGUUGUUGUGCAUGAGAUGACUGGCUUUGCUGAGCGUGAGGGGACUCAUGUUCAUGCGCAGCUAUAUGUUGCAGGAGCUUCGGACGAAAACGGCAUCACUACAACGCAAACAAUCACCGAUUUUGACGAGGGACCUAUUCGAUUCGAAAGUGUCCACAGUUUAAGCUUACGACAGGAAGACUCUAGAGACUCGAUGCUGCAAAUUGCAGUCUAUGCGCAAGUCACUUCCAUGCAUCUUGACAAGCUUGUAAGCUGGGAUGAGUUGAGGAACUCUGCAGACACGCCACCUAAACAGCAGAAUCUGCAUCGCCUACCCGAGUCCGAAUAUGACACAGAAGAGAGACACGAUAUUUUUGCUCGUGUCCAAAUACUUGAACUUGCAGAGAACGGGCAGUAUCUCCCUGUAGAAGUUGUACAAUCCAGCGUCGUGGAUAGAGGCGUGUACCAGCUGCAUCAAGGUGUCCAGCGCCGGAUCAGUAUCACUCUGACGCACAGCUUGAGUGAGUCUCUACCCUGGCAAGAUCUGGCAGGACUUCGUAUGGGCGACGUACACCUGAUCGAUUCAUCCGGCAAGAUCGCAGAUCUGGACUCGGACGCGCCAGACGUGGCAUUAAAGCAGGUUCAAGAACCUAUGGUCAAAGACAAUGCAGACGGGACGUCCGACAUUACAGUUGUGGGUCAGUGGGAUAGUUCGCUUCACGGCUCCCAGCUGCUGGAUAGAGCAACUUUCGAGAAGCACAAAAUUCAAGUAGUUCUCCGAUGGAACAUGAUCUCUUCUCGAGUGCAUGAGCCGAUGAUUUUCAACCUCGAUCAGCAACUGCAGAUCCUUCCGAGAAGCUAUAUGCGGCCACAGUCAAUACUGAAAUCAUUCUGGAAGCAGACACGGGUAACACAUUCGACCGACGGAAUCUUCUGCGUUGUAGUCCGGCCAUUGAGUGCUAAAAGAGCAGCAGACUUAUGGCGAAUGGAUACUCAACACGACUAUGUGAACGGCGAAGAGCUCCUCACAAACUGGGCUCCAAGGCGAGUUUCACUGAUUCGAGAUUUUAUCGCGUCGCGAAGGCGACAACGUCGUCUCGCUGAAAUAGAAAUCGCGAAAGCUGCAUUUGGCUCUCGCAAUCUAUCAGUAGGUGCAGAAGUGAAGUCAGCCACUCCGUCACCCAGUUGUCUGCAGUCUAAAGAAGAAGAGAUUCUCAGAAAAUUUGUCGGGUUGUGGUUAAAGGGUAGCCACGACAUCUCGGACACGAUUCUGAACAACAAUCUGUCGCAAGAAGCGUCUAAACAACCUCGCGUAUCGACACCACAUUUAUCGCCACCUUAUGAUCAAGGCAGUGCCACUUCAACGCAUUCCACGCCGUCUAGAAGACCUGCGGGUAAAACCCGCUUUGUUGCCACCGUGAUUCCCGUCGCCAAAAACCCUUGUUCUUUGAAAUCAGGUUAUCUACUUAUGCCCUCGGAGAAGCAGAAUUCGAGAGCCCCAUCCAUGCUAUGGAUACGGCGCUUCGUCGAUCUUCGGCCGCCCUACCUCUAUAUCCAUUCCGUACCAGACGGUGAUGCCAUUAACGCCAUCAACCUCGUCCAUGCAAGGAUUGACCACGAGCCUGACUUUAAACGGCUUCUAGGCGGGAUACCGGGCCAGAGCGAUGACGCCUCGUCUACCGGACAGCUCCGUGAAAGUGCGCAUUCUGCUGGCUUGAGCAACGUCUUUGCUGUGUAUGGGGAGCAGAACACGUUCUUGUUUGCAGCAAGGACAGAGACUCAGAAGGUUGAUUGGAUCUUGAAGAUUGAUCAAAGUUAUUUCAAUGGGAGUGCCGCUAGAGAAGGCGUCAGGGAUAUCUGA